AUGUCAUUGGAAUCGGGCGUCAUGCUCACGUGCGUCGUGUCUCGCGUUUUGGCUCUGAAGCACUCGCCUUUGCACUGUUUCUUCACCCCAUCUACUGUCGCCAUGCAGAGCAACUUUGAUCGUAGGCGAAUCAACGGACCCGAAGAGAGCCUUGCUCCCGUCUACGACGACGAAGAGGAGGCUGAGUCCUCAUGGAAGCCCGGGCAGUCGCGUAAAGGGCGGGCAGCAGGGGACAUUCGACCCAUAUGUAUGGAUGCAGAAGAUAGAUCAAUAGCUGUACAAAUACAGCAGGCAUUGCUACCCGCCGUAAGGCUGGAGCUAUUGCCAAAGUCCACAAUAGACAUAUUCCUUACCAUCAUCGAGAACGAUGGGAUUGAAGGCUGCAUUGCAUCUGGUUCAGUGGCCGCAAGUGCAGCGUUGGCGGAUGCUGGCAUUGAAAUGCUCGGCCUAGUCAUGGCAUGCUCUGCAUCCACUGUAGGAGAGGAGAUCUGGCUAGACCCGACAGAGCAGGAAGCUCAGGCAGGCUCUGGUAGUCUCAUUGUCGCUGGUAUGCCUGCACUUGACACCAUUACGAAUUCCCACGUCAGCAGCUCCAGCUAUAAGUUGGCAGGCCGUUCACCAAGAGCAUCUGAAGACUCGGACGACUCCCUGCGAGAGCUUGAAUACUCCGAGGGUCCGCUACUCGCAGACGGAGCCAGCACGUCUCGAGCGCGGGCAUACUCCAUUAGCGGAUUUGACUUCCAAGCCGACCUCCUACCGCUCACAGCAAGUCUCAGCGAACCGGAUACUCUCCGCGGAGAGUCGCACCCCAAAAACAUCAGUCUAGUGAGUGGCAUUGCACUCAUUGUCGGCUACAAUUGGCUCUGGCAUUUUCUCGUCACCCGGGUCGUCGUCGCGAACACGGAUAGUGUCGGCGCAAGUCUUGUAGUAUGGUUAGCCGCAGGUCUGCUUGGAUGGACGGGUGCAAGCAGUUUUGCGGAGCUGGGGUCGUCAAUACCAGUGAACGGAGGUGCUCAAGCCUAUCUCCAAUACGCAUAUGGCCCUCUCGUCGCGUACCUGUUUGCUUGGACAGCAAUAUCUGCACUGAGACCAGGAGGCAACGCGGUCAUCAGUCUCAUCUUUGCCGAAUACAUGAACCGGCUCUUCUUCCACACCGCAAAGGCUGAGGUAUCCCCGGAUGACAUUCCUCAGUGGGCCAUCAAACUCACUGCGGUUGCGGCAGUCCUCGUGGUGUCUGUCCUAUGUGUGGCUUCACCCAACCUGGGCCCACGGACAGCAGUCGUAUUCACGUUUGUCAAAGUAGCCGCAUUACUCUCCAUUACUAUCUUGGGGAUUAUCCAGUUGGCUAGAGGACGUGCAUCAACCUCCCUUACUGAGCCGCUUUUCGCUGGUUCGAGCACUAGCCCGUCCUCCUAUGCACUUGCUCUAUACUCCGGUCUCUGGGCAUUUGACGGCUGGGACCAAGCCAACUACGUCGGCGGUGAGAUGAAGAAUGCGAGAAAAACAUACCCCGCGCCAUCCAUUCCACUUCUGUUCCUACUGGCCAACCUGGCUUAUUUCGUGGUUCUCGACAAGGAUACUGUGGGGAGAAGUAACACGGUCGCUCUUGACUUCGGACGAGCGUUAUUUGGGCCAGUGGGAGGCGUUCCGUUUGCGUUGAUGGUCGCCAUCUCUUGCUUCGGUGCGCUCAACGGCUCAUCUUUCACAGCUGCGCGCCUCAUCUACGUGGCUGGGCGGGAAGGUUACCUCCCUGCGAUGUUUGGUCGGCUCAACAAGCGACUCGGGACACCAGUCAACGCAAUGUGUUUGCAGGCGACGUUGACCGUCCUCUUCAUCAUCAUCGGUGGGGGCUUCCGCUCGCUCAUCAACUUCGCGGUCGUAGCAUCGUGGGCCUUCUACUUCCUCACCGUUCUCGGAUUAGUGGUGCUACGUAUCAAGGAGCCGAUGCUGGAGAGACCAUAUAAGACGUGGAUUACGACCCCCUUGAUCUUCUGUGCUGUAUGCCUCUUCUUGCUAUGCAUGCCGAUCAUAGCCGCGCCACUGGAAGCAAUAGCAGUGCUCGGGUUCGUGCUCGUAGGCAUCCCGAUGUAUUACAUUACACAGCAGAGCUCUGUCGCAUGCUUCACGGGCUUGUUCUCGCGAAUACGUGGCAGGCCCACGCCCGGCGCGGGGUGGGAAGCCGUCGCGACCGAGGGAGAUGAGCAGAGUAUACGAUUCGAGAUGGCCUCCCACACCUACAAGUUCGACGUCAAGAUGACCUGCGGCGGUUGCUCGGGUGCGGUCGAGCGGGCGUUGAAGAAGGCGAACGCGGAUGGCCUCGGCGUCGAGAGCUACGACGUGAGCCUCGAGAAGCAGGAGGUCAUCGUGAAGGGCCCGAUCGCGUACGACACCCUCCUCGAGAAGAUUAAAAGACGGGCAAGGAGGUUCGCUCGGGGGAGACCAUCGAGUGAUUGCAACUGUGUCGUAUGGAAUAGCUUGUACGCUGUGUAUUAG